AUGAGAGCAUACUGGUAUGACAACGCUGCUGGCGACCAACGUGAAGCCCACGAUUCCGGCCGUGCCAUUGCCGUGGACUACCUUUCCAAGCUCGGCGUCCUCUACUACCACCUCCCUAACGAAGCCGACGUCGACCAGCUAGCCAAGGAAAGAAGCUAUAAGAACAGGGACGUGAUCACCGUGUCGCCCGAGAAGAUGGGAGACGUGUACGAAGAGAAAGUCAAGUCGUUCUUUCACGAGCACUUGCACGAGGACGAGGAGAUCAGAUAUAUCCGCGACGGCGCGGGGUUCUUUGAUGUGAGGAGUGAGGGCGACGAAUGGGUGCGCAUACUGCUGGAAAAAGAUGAUCUGAUUAUUCUACCUGCUGGCAUCUACCAUCGUUUUACCACGGAUACAAACAACGUAGGUGGUGGAACUGCUUUCCCAUUCGCAUUUGUAUUUGCAUUUGCAUGUAGGGAGUGGGCCGAUGUUAAUGAUCAGCAGCACAUUACGGCGAUGCGACUUUUUAAAGAAGAUCCCAAAUGGACGCCACUCAAUCGCGGCCCUGAAGUCGACGUCAACCCGCUGCGAAAGGAGUAUCUGGGAAUCCGAACCCGGGUCGCGGAUGUGUAA